GGGAAGGUUGCCUUCUGGGCCACGCUGCCUGAAGCUCGCGAUAGUAGGGCUGUUGGCGGAGCAUGCGCAGGAGCGCCAGCUCUGCUUUGAGUGCGAAGUCGUGUGGCAGCGCUGCUGACUGAGAGGUCGCCAGGGUCGCGGAGGGAAAAAGCCGCGCAGCCGUCGGGAUGUGGUACGAGAUCUUGCCCAGCUUGGGCCUCAUGUACGUGUGCUUGGUCAUCCCUGGCGUGAGCACCGCCUACAUCCACAGAUACACCAACGGGGGCAAGGUGCGUGCCAUGGAAGCGGCUCCUCACGAAUCCCCAUCUCCCCUCUCCUUUUCUGAAAUCCCAUAUUGCUGAUUUAGGAAUUGCUGUAGCUUUAAGAACUUGUUUUGCGUUUAGAUGUAUGUGAUCGAUUUAGGAACAGCGGCUUUAAGAGCUUGAGUUUUCUCUUCCCUUCUCCUCCCCGCGUUCUUUUCCCUUGCGUGCCAUGACUUUUCAGAGGGUCUCUUAAAACUGGUGGGGUUGGGGGGGGUUAAGCUGCCCUGAGAACCUUUUGGGUGUAAAUAAAAAUUUUAAGUAAAUUGCACGCCUUCUUUGAAACUCUCUGAAGAAGUCUAAUAUGCAACCCCAAAUCCAACGUGCAGUACUUGCGUAUAAACGCCAGGAGGCCUAAGAGACCGAAGAAAAAAAGCAAGUGACCCAGAAUUUCUAAAAUGUAAUCAAGGCCAACAGCAAAAUCAUAAUAAUGAAAGCAAUACAUUUCAGGAGAAAUCUAGCAAGAAGAAAAAGAAAAAUUGUUUUCAGAAAGGGCUGCAGUGUUGAUUCUGUUGAUAAUGAAAUCCAAAGCUGUGGGGCUACCAUGGAGAUGGCUUUAAGAGAGGAUUGGACAAAUUUAUGGAGGACAAAGCUACUCACCACUACAGAGGCAGCAAUGCUUCCAAAUAUAAGUUUCUGGAAAUGACAGGGAGAGUGCUGUUCUGUUUGUGUUUAUAGGUUUCCCAUAUGCAUCUGGGCAGCCAUUGUGAGCAAAAGGACACUGGAUUUGAUGGCCCAUGGCCUGCUCCAGCAGGUUUGACUUAUUUCAUAGACUGCCUUGUGCCUGGCAAUUCACCUUCACCUGGUGGUUGGUCUCAGAGAAUGGGCAACUGGGUGUGGGAACUGACAGCCCUUCAAAUAACUGUGACAAAAACCUUUUUAAGGCUUUAAAGCCCGUAAGAAUAGGGAGAGUCGUGUUGUCGUCCCCCACCCCCAUUUCAUAAUAUUAAAACCCAGGGCCAUCCAGUGAAGCUGAAUGCUGGAAGAUUCAAAGCAAACGAAAGAAAACACUCUUCUAUGGAAUUCACUCCCAGGAGAUGCACUGAUGGCCACCAGCUUGGAUAGCUUUAAGAAGUGGUUGGUCAAAUUCGCUGAGGCUAAUGCUUUCAAGGGCUAUUAGCCACUGGUAUGUACUACCUCAUGUGUCAGAGGCAGUAUGUCUCUGAAUAUCAGUUGCUGUGGUUCACAUGUUGGGAGAGUGGUGUUUUACUCAGGUUCCCAUAGGCAUCUGGUUGGCUACUGUGAGAACAGGAUGCUGAAGUAGCCAAACUUUCUUUAAUGGCAGCCCUAUGUAGAGUGCAUUUCAGCAGCACAGUCUGAAUGUGACAAAGGCACAAUACAUGAGGCCUGGACAAGUUUUAUUUAUUUAUGUAAUGUAUAUCCUACACCGGAGGUUUUCAAACUUUUUGAGUCCACAGUUCCCUUGACCAAGUACAUUCUUUCUGCGGUUCUCCUGUGGGGCUCAGAAGCCCAAUGAUGUCACCCCUUGCCUGCAGAGCUGGCAGCCUCUCACCCUUUCUCAAACACCCUCCCUUGUAGAGUGUUCCCUCAGCCUCCUCCUCUCCUCUCCUCUAGCCAGCCCCAGAGGCACCAUUCACCUGUCGUGCUUGUAGUCAGGGCUGCUGCAACAAAUAGCCGUACAAGCCUUUGGGAGGCAGAGACGUGAUAGGGCAUUAGAGGAAGAAGAGAAGGAAAGAGGGACAGAAGCCAUUGUUGCCUGCGGCACUCCUGACCACCAUUCAACUCACUCCAUGGUGCCACAGCACACUGGUUGAAAACCACUGCCCUACACUGUCAUUGUAGGUUUAUUCUAGGGCAGCUAGUAGAGUAUUACAGGACAGGAAAAUAAAUAUUUUUAAAGUAGUUAACAAUAACAGAUGGGAUUCAGGUGGCGCUGUGGUCUAAACCACUGAGCCUCUUGGGCUUGCUGAUCAGAAGGUUGGUGGUUCGAAUCCCCUCGACGGGGUGAGCUGCCGUUGUUCGGUCCCAGCUCCUGCCAACCUAGCAGUUCGAAAGCACGCCAGUGCAAGUAGAUAAAUAGGUGCCACUCUGGCGGGAAGGUAAAUGGUGUUUCUGUGCAUUGUUCUGGUUUCGGUGUUCCAUUGCACCAGAAGCGGCUUAGUCAUGCUGCCCACAUGACCCGGAAAAACUGUGGACAAACGCUCCCUCAGCCUGUAAAGCGAGAUGAGUGCCGCAACCCCAGUCUGUGACUGGACUUAAUUGUCAGGGGUCUUUACCUUUACCUCUUACCUUUAACAAUAACAGACAAUAACUGCUAUUUGAAAUGUGUACCUUUCAGAUCCCUGUCCCAGUAGAUAGGCAGAUUGAUGCAGAAGAAAAGUAUCCAACUGGUGUCUGGGCUCUAAAAAAUAAAAGGUUACAUAUAGGCCACCCUGAACUCUGAUUGGAUGAAGGGAGAUAUAGCAAUGUUUUAAUUAGUAAAGGUGAGGAUUUUUUAAAAAAAGGAAAAUGAAGAAUGGUAAAUGACGACUUGUAAAAAAAACAAAUUAAAAUAAUAAUAAUUGUAAGAAAAAGGCUCAGUAGGAUGAUUUUUUAUUAAAUUUAAUAAAAAUUAAAUUAAAUUAACAAAUAAAGCAUGAACAAAUAUGUUCAAGCUGAAACUCUAGUUGAUUUUCUUUGUUUAUGAAUAUAUUCUUUUUGGGGUGGGCAUAUUAAAUGAAACGAGCCUCACUCACACCUGCAGUCUGCAGCAGUGCUGUUCAGACAUAGGCUUUCUUACCGCAUCUAUUGAACCCCACAGUGUUGCCCCCUGAAUUGCCCAUGACAUCCAAAUAAUCAUACCUUCAGCUAAGAAUGACAAGGACAGUCUGUCAUGUGUAUAUCUGAGCCUUGGUGCUAGGCUGUGAAGCAGGGCUGAGCAGGUUGCUUUUCAUCUCAAAAAAGGAAUAGGUCUGCCCGCAUCUGUUGAAUUUUUCAAUAUUUCACAUUUUUGUCAACUUUGCUUUAAGCCUUCUCACUUUAUCUGUCUCCCACUGCCUCUUGUUUACACAUUGUCCACCUUAUUUCUUAUGUGCCCAGGAGAAGAGAAUUGCUCGGAACACCUAUCAGUGGUACCUGCUGGAGAGAGACAAGCGUGUGUCUGGAGUAAAUCAGUACUUUGGCUCCAAGGUUUGUUUGAACAAACUUCCUUGCAUGCUGCUGUCUGGUUGCAAAGUCACAACACUAUUUUUUUUGUGGGGGUGGGGAGCUAAAUGCCACAACUGUUUACAUUUGUUUUGGCCCCUAAAUGAUUUCUGUUCCUCUGCACAAUGUUAUUUUUAUCCUUAAUCUGUGUUCAAUACUAUAAUGCGCAUGACAUGUUCUGCUCAUAGCAGAGCCCUUUUCAGACAUGUAUUUCAGACAUGUAUCAGACAAGUUGGAGAACAGCUGUCAUUACUUGUGUGGAUUCCCCAUGGGUAGUUAUGGAGCAUCUUUAAAGACUGAAUAACUUUCCAAACUACAACUCCCAUCAUGCCUGGCCAUUUGUCAUAUUUGCUAGGACUGAUGGGAGUUGCAGUUCAGCAACAUCUCAAGGGCAAAAGGUUCCCCACUCCUGCCCUAAGGAGUCUUCUUUCCUGGUCCUGUGAUGGCAGAGCACUUCUGUCAGUGGCAGCCUGAUGUAGCAAAGGAAAGUGCAAACCUGCCUGCGCUUGCUAGUAUUAAAAGUUGAGCAACUCGCUAUGUGUUUGCGCAAUUAGUAUUUUUCUGUUUGUGGGAUUAAGGAGGACACCACCUUGAAAAGAGGUUUGUUAAACCUGAUUAUAUAGUGUAAUUUGAUAGCAACAGCGUUGUGCACAUUUAACUAAUUUGCUUCACUUUUUAUUUUCCAGGGUUUGGAGAACAUUAAGUAAAACCACGGUGCAAUGAAAGCAACUUAAUAAACAUGUAUUUGACAAAGUGUGGAGCAUAUUGAUCAUAAUACCAUAAGGAGAGAGGACAAUAAGCUUCUACUACUGUACCAAUAAAAUUGCAAUAAAGAAAUAAAAUACAGAUUGAAAUAAUGCAGAUG